AUGCUGAAUCAGCUGGUAAGUAUUUUCUUCUUCUUCUUCUUCUUCUUCUUCUUCUUCUUCUUCUUCUUCUUCUUCUUCUUCUUCUUCUAUUCGCACACUCUGUUCCUUCUCCUUUCUACCUUACUUCCUUUCUUUCUUCUUUUCUUUCUUUUCUUUCUUUCUUUCUUUCUUUCUUUCUUUCUUUCUUAUCAUCGUUUUCCAUUUCUGCCAAUCAUAACUAACGAACCAUGUUGUCAACCACACCCUUUUAACACCGUAUCUUGUUACACCCAGCCGUCCCUCUCACCCAUUUACACAGAUACUAUCAACACUUUGCUCCUGACCAAACCGGAUAACACCUCACUCGUAACAAAACCAACACCUCCUGUCGCCGCCACUACCAACACACACGCACAUACGCGCAGACAGGCCUUUACGGUUCACCGGUUCUCACGGAAUCCAAAAUCAAAUCUACGCUGUUGCUCUUUUCUCUCUCUCUCUCUCUCUCUCUUUUUUCUUUCUCUAUCUCUCUCUUUCUCUCUCUCUCUCUUUCUCUCUCUCUCUCUUUCUCUCUUUGCUCUCUUCUCUCUCUCUUUCUCUUUCUCUAUCAUUAUCUCUUUCUCUAUCUGUCUAUUCUCUCUCUCUCUUCUCUCUUUCUUUUCUAUCUCUCUCUUUCUUUCUCUAUCUGUCUCUUUCUCUCUCUCUCUCUUUUCGCUCUUUCUCUCUUUCUCUUUCUCUCUCUUUUCUUUCUUUUCUAUCUCUCUCUUUCUGUUCUAUCUGUCUCUUUCUCUCUCUCUCUUUUCUCUCUUUCUUUUCUCUAUCUGUCUCUUUCUCUCUCUCUCUUUUCGCUCUUUCUCUCUUUCUCUUUCUCUCUCUCUUUCUCUCUUUCUUUCUCUAUCUGUCUCUUUCUCUCUCUUCUCUUUUCUCUCUCUCUCCUCCUCCCUUUACCGAUCUUCUUUUCCUUUCUAA